CUUACUGUCUACCAACACCAACAACACCAAGAUGGCGCCCAACUACAAGAUCGCUCUCAUUCAGUUUCAACCAAAGGAUGUCGCCGUCGAGGAAAACUUCCAAAAGGCAGAAUCCUACAUCCGCAAGGCGGCCUUGGGAGGUGCCCACCUUGCCGUCCUGCCCGAGUACCAUCUAACAUCCUGGUGUCCGGAGCACCCGUCCUUCGUGGCCGCGUGCGCCGAAUCCUCGGCCGACAACAGCUACCUGGCUCGGUACCAAGCCCUAGCACGUGAGCUUAACAUCAACAUCGUGCCGGGAACCAUUUGCGAGGUCCAUCCUGCUUCUUCUUCUUCUUCUUUUCAGGGCAAGGAACCGCCAAGUGACGAUGGCGACAGCGGCAAGCAAGAACCCGCCACCUGGAAGGGGCAGCCCAUCGAAAUCCGCAACAUGGCCUACUGGAUCUCCGCCUCCACCGGCGACCUGGCCGGUUCCUAUCAAAAGAUGAACCUCUGGCAUCCCGAACGGCCGCACCUCACGGCGGGGGACAUCAAGCGACACCGGCCCCACCGGGCCUUUGAUACUCCCUUUUUGAAGCCCGGCCCCAACGGGACCCAAGUUCCCAUCCGCGCGGGCCUCCUCAUCUGCUGGGACCUCGCCUUUCCCGAAGGCUUCCGCGCCCUGAUUGCCGACGGCGCUGAUAUGAUUAUUGUCCCGUCCUACUGGUGGGUGACGGCGGUGGACGAGAAUUCAGCCAAGAUCAGCCGCGAUGCGGAAAAGAUCUUUUUGGGGAGCGUGUGUGUGACGAGGGCGUGUGAGAACACGGCGGCGAUUGUGUUUUGUAAUGCGGGCGGCAUGAGCCAGGUUGCGCUGCCGCUCAAGGGGGUGUUGCCGCCGGUCGGGGAAGAGUGGGAUGGAAGGAAGGGAAUGAUGGGCGCGGAGACGGAGGAGAUGCAGAUUGUGGAUGUCGACUUUGAGGUGUUGAGGGUGGCGGAGGAGGAUUACAAGGUUCGGAUGGAUAUGGGUGGGAAGGGGUGGCAUUAUGAUUAUACGCUUUGGAGGGAUGGCCCCAAGGAGUAA